AUGAUGGGACAAGGAAAAGUUAGUCUUAGACCUAACACCGUCUCUGAGAGGAGAAAAGCCACUGCUGGAAAGAAGUGUCCUUCCCCAGCUGCGGGAGAGGGCAUCAGUGAUUCCUUCAGCCUGUUUCACAGCAGGUUCCCCCGGAGCCCCAGGGACACCUGGAGGGAGCCCAGAGGGGGCAGAGAAAGUGCUGCCUUGGGCUGGUCCUCUGCUGCUGAGCUGGGCUGGGCUCCUGGGAUGGAGGGAGCUCAUGUUCCCCAAGCCCAGAGUGAACAAAUGUCCAACAGCAGCUCCAUCACCCAGUUCCUCCUCCUGGCAUUCGCAGACACACGGGAGCUGCAGCUCUUGCACUUCGGGCUCUUCCUGGGCAUCUACCUGGCUGCGCUCCUGGGAAACGGCCUCAUCAUCACCGCCAUAGCCUGUGACCACCACCUCCACACCCCCAUGUACUUCUUCCUCCUCAGCCUCUCUGUUCUUGACCUUGGCUGCAUCUCCACCACUCUCCCCAAAGCCAUGGCCAAUUCCCUCUGGGACACCAGGGUCAUCUCCCACUCAGGAUGUGCUGCACAGCUCUUUCUGUUUGUUUUUUUCAUUUCAGCAGAGUAUUGUCUUCUCACCGUCAUGGCCUAUGACCGCUACGUUGCCAUCUGCAAACCCCUGCACUACGGGACCCUCCUGGGCAGCAGAGCUUGUGCCCACAUGGCAGCAGCUGCCUGGGGCAGUGGGUUUCUCAAUGCUCUGCUGCACACGGCCAAUACAUUUUCCCUACCCCUCUGCCACGGCAAUGCUGUGGACCAGUUCUUCUGUGAAAUCCCCCAGAUCCUCAAGCUCUCCUGCUCAGAUGCCUACCUCAGGGAAGUUGGCCUUCUUGUGGUCAGUGCCUGUUUAGCCUUUGGGUGUUUUGUUUUCAUUGUGGUGUCCUAUGUGCAGAUCUUCAGGGCCGUGCUGAGGAUCCCCUCUGAGCAGGGACGGCACAAAGCCUUUUCCACGUGCCUCCCUCACCUGGCCGUGGUCUCCCUGUUUAUCAGCACUGGACCUUUUGCCCACCUGAAGCCCCUGUCUGUCUCCUCCACAACCCUGGAUCUCGUGGUGGCAGUUCUGUACUCGGUGGUACCUCCAUCUGUGAACCCCCUCAUCUACAGCAUGAGGAACCAGGAGCUCAAGGAUGCAGUGUGGAAACUGAUGACCGGAUGUUAUUCAGAAGCAAAAAACUGCCCCUCUUCUGCAUAG